AUGGACGAGAGCGACGACAACGGCGAGACAGAAAAGAUCACGAAGAAGACUAUCAAGAGGACGAUGACGUCCAAAGACCGCGAGGACGACAACAGAUCGGCGGCGACGAUCGUCGAGACGGAUUUCUUGGUACGUUUUAUAGUAAGCGGAGUAUUUACUGCGUCUUUUAGAAGAGAGGUGUACGACGACGAAAAGAAGAAGAACUUUAAGCAGAGGACGACAAAACACCGUCCGUUCUUCUUUACCUGUCGUCGUCGAGGAGUGAUUGGCUCUGGCAUCGCCGGGUUAUCGUACGCGUUGGAAGCGGCGGAGCACGGGAAAGUCGCCGUGGUGACGAAAUCCGUCGCGCACGAAGCGUCGACGGCGUACGCGCAAGGCGGGAUUAGCGCGGUUAUUUCGCAUUUAGAUACGAUCGAUGAACACGUGAACGAUACCGUCGUGGCUGGGGAUUAUUUGUGCGACGAGAAAGCGGUGAGAGCGUUGUGCGCGGACGGGAAGUCUGCGAUUGAAAAGUUGGUGGAGAUUGGGACGAGGUUUACCAAGGCGGAGGAGCUGGAGGAGAAGAAUAAAGAAAAAGAAAAAGAAGAAGAACAAAAUAUUCAAACGGGAGCGUAUCAAGGGUUACACUUGUGCCGCGAAGGAGGACACGGGAAACCGAGGAUUGUGCACUGCGACGAUAUGACGGGGAAAGAGGUUGAGAGAGCGUUGGUGGAAGCGACGAGAAAGCAUCCAAACGUGACGUUUUACGAACAUCACGCUUGCGUAGAUUUGAUGACUUCUUCCUCCUCCUCUUCUAACACGGAGAGACGAUGCGUUGGCGCCGUUGCCGUUUCGAGCGGCGGCAAAAACGACGACGACUCACAUCAAGAAGAAGCAUCAAAAAUUGUGCGCUUUUACGCCUCCACUACCCUUUUGGCGUGCGGAGGUGCGGGUCAACUCUUCCCUUCCACGACGAAUCCGGUCGUGUGUACCGGCGACGGUAUCGGCAUGGCUGCUCGCGCGAACGUCGUGUGUGAAAAUCUUGAGUUUGUGCAGUUUCACCCGACCGCUUUGUACGCCGAUAACGACAGCUCGAAAUCGCCGGCGAAGAAACUCGACGAGAAUGAAAACGCAUUUUUGAUCACGGAAGCCGUUCGCGGUCACGGCGGCGAGUUAUGGACGCACUUCGAACGCGGCGAGAGGUUCAUGCCGAACUACGACAUUCGAAACGAACUCGCGCCCAGAGAUGUCGUCGCGCGAGCUAUUCACGCGGAGAUGCGCAAAAAUAACUCGCCGUGCGUCUAUCUCGACAUCACGAAAAAAGACGCCGAGGACGUCGCAAAAAAUUUUCCCGGCAUUUAUAAAGAAUUGAAAAAACGCAACUUGGACAUGACGAAACAAAGAAUUCCAGUGAGACCAGCCGCACAUUACCUCUGCGGCGGCGUCAAGACGAACAUAGACGGCGAGACGAGUCUUUCGGGCUUGUUCGCGUGUGGCGAAGUCGCGUGCACGGGCGUGCACGGUGCCAACCGCUUAGCUUCGAACUCGCUUCUCGAAGGCGUCGUAUUUGCGCGACGCGCGGUUAAAACUGCCACGCGAAAAUCAAAAGAAAGUUUGAAGCAGUUGUUGGAAGAUGAAUUCGAGGAUAUUGUGGACGAGGACGACUAUUUGAAAUGCAACUACGAUGUUUUCAAUUCCUCGCGCAAAACGAAAUCGAACAAACGUCGCGGUCAAAUGGUCAAGAAGGACUUCUUAUCUGGCGACGCGUUUGCGCAAAGUUUGAGAAAAGAAGUGCAACUCUCCAUGUGGCGCGCGUGCGGCAUCGUUCGACGAACGGAGGACAUGCGCGAAACUUUGGUCAAAUUCAAAGCGUUGCAACGUUUGAUUGACGAUGAAGAGGAAGAAGCGGCGUUGCUGAAUAGUGGCAACGACGACGGUACGGUUACUUUAGCUCUAGUUGAGGCGAAGAAUUUAUUAGCGGUUGGCACUUUAGUUUUACGAUCGGCUUUGAAGAGGAAAGAAAGUCGCGGGUUACACUACGUCGUCGAGUACCCGGAUAGAGUCGAAGGAGAACGAGUGUCUACAGUGUUAGCUCCGAUUGAGAACGACGACGACGACGAAACGAGAAGCAACAUUUCGUCUCGCUCUGCGAUUAAAAUGGAGGGCGAGGAAGAAGAGGAGCUGUUUGUAGUCGAGCAAAACAAAGUCGUCGCGCGAGGUCCGCGCUGA